CAACAUUAUGAACAACUUCGUGAAAUAUUUUGUGGUAAACCAGUUUCUAUUAUAAUUGAUGAAACUACAGACAAAAAAGCCCAUAGUGUAAUUAAUACAUUUUUUAGUUAUCAAAAUCAAACAAAAUUAAUUUCAGUUGAUUUUAUAUCCCAAGUGAAUAAUGUUACAGUAGGUCAAUUAGUUCUUAAAACUUUAGUUGAAUGGGAGAUAUCUUUUACCUAUUCAUAUCUUAUUGUAUCAGAUUCAGCAGCUUAUAUGAAAAAAUCUGUUAGAGAAAUUUUACAACCCGUAAUGUCACAAAUUCAACAUAAUACAUGUUGUGCACGUAUUAUUCAAUUAAUAAGUUUAAAUUCUCAAGAUACUCAACAAUUAACUUUCCGAUUUAUGCCAUUACCUAAUACAACAAGAUGA